AGAGGUUGGAGUGACGUUUGUGUGUGUGUGUGUGUGUGUGUGUGUGUGUGUGUGUGUGUGUGUGUGUGUGUGUGUGUGUGUGUGUGUGUGUGUGUGUGUGUGUGUGUGUGUGUGUGUGUGUGUGAAGGAGAGUCAGUUCCAGCAGAACCUUGAGUGCAUGUUUACUCAGCAAUCACCGGCUCAACCUGUCGGUCAGGUGUGCACCAGCUGGCUGUGCACUGCACAGGGAUGAUCACACACUCAGCGCCUGAGAGAGCGAGACCACAAGGACGACACAAGCCUAAUACAAGCACGUGGCAGAACGUGGGGACACUAUCCGGCGAGGACCGUGAGCAGAAUGUAGGGAAGACCCGAAGGAGAUUCUUCUGGUGCUCUUCAAACCGAUGGGUCCGAGAUGCUGACGUUGCACUUCAGGCCCUGGGAUGUCCACGAUGUCGCCGUGCUUCUCAGCUCGGCACUCUACGUGUGUCACAUAGCUGGGGCCAUCUCCAUCCAGUCCGACCUGCACAGUCUCAUCCGAUCCGUGCAGGAGGACGUGUUCUUCUCCGUGAACGUGACCUGCAGCGGCAUUCCCACCAUCCAAUGGACCUUCAUUUCAAGCUCGGUGAGACGCAGCAUCGGCGCCUGGCAGCCGGGGGGGUUCACCAACAUCACUGAGGAUUACAGCAGCAGGGUGCAGGCCCACCACAACGGCUCCAUGGGUCUGUCGGACCUGCGGCUGCAGGACGGGGGGUAUUAUGUGGUCACGGUCACGGACGGGACGGGCAACAGCAAGGAUGCCGGAUUUGUCCUCAAAGUCAAUGAGAUGCUGUACGAGGACCUCCAGUACUUGUCGGUGUCGGCCCUGGCGUUGGGCUGCCUGGCGGGGCUCCUCAUGCUGGGCAUGUGGCUCACCAACAAAGCCUACAGGAGGAUAGCGGCGUGGAGACGCAGGAAGCAGAUGCCUGAAAAUGACGCAACGGAGCUGCAGCCUCUAUGACCCGCCUUUUAUUUUGUUGUCGGUUCGGAAACCCCGUCAGGAUUACUUUACUCAACAGGAAGGACUUUCUUCUUCACCACAACGGGUGUUGUUUACAUGCACCAAGACAACUUAAGUGUUCAAACGAGAACACACUGGAUUUUUUAUACUGCCUGUAAAUAACUAUUUAUUGUCAAUGCCUCGUGAUUGUUUUGAAUUAAGGGCCUGCUCACUAGGUCAAGCUUUAAAAAGACAUUUGUUAACACACAGAAGUCAUGUGAUCAACAUUCCUGAUGUCCAAUAGGAGGACACACAGUAGUAGAAGCAAACUUUGCUCUUUAUUUUCUAUUAAAGUGUACAAACAUGAGCAACAAGUGAGCAGGCAGCCAACACAAUUUAAGGGGAAAGCACCUCUCUUGUAAAAGUCCUCAAGAAUAAAAAGGGCAUGAAUUUUGUAA